AUGUUGACUUACCCGGUUGCGUUCCUCCUGGGUGUUCCCCGUAACGGCGACCUUCUCAAGGUUGCCCGCUUGAUCGCCCUUAAGGUUAUUGCUAACGAGUACGUUGCCUUCACCGAAAUGAAGACGCCCGAGUACCUCGAUCUCUCUCCCCGUUCCCAGCUCAUUGCGACCUACGCUCUUUGCGGUUUCGGUAACAUUGGAUCCCUUGGUAUUCAGAUCGGUAUCCUUGGCCAGCUAGCCCCCAGCCGUGGUGGCGAUGUCAGUGCCAUGGCGAUUUCUGCGCUCAUUUCUGGCGUCAUGUCGACUCUGACGUCGGCCGCUGUUGCAGGCCUUGUUGUUACCCACCAAGUAACGAACCUCGCUGCUAGUGCUUAG